AUGAGUUCCGACGGGAAUGACUACGGCACCGGAUUUCCGCCGUCGCAACCCUCACUCUGCGAAAACGGCUGCGGCUUCUUUGGCGCGGCGGCGACGAAGGGACUGUGCUCCAAGUGCUACCGAGAUCUCCGCGUGAAGGAAGAGCGAGAGGCGAUGGACAAGCUCACGCUAAAUACGUCCGCUAAUCUGCGAGUAGAAAUCGAUUCUUUGGCGGCGAAUCCGUCUCAGCCGGCAGUUAGCGGUGGCGAGGCGGCGGCGGCUCCUCCGCCCGCGCCGAGUAGGUGCUGGAGUUGUAAGAAGAAAGUGGGACUUAUGGAAUUCAAGUGCAGAUGCGGUUGUACCUUCUGCCGGGUCCACAGGUACCCGGAGAAGCAUGAUUGUACCUUUGACUUCAAGGGUCAAGGACGGGAUGCCAUCGCCAAGGCUAAUCCUCUAAUCAAGGCCGAUAAAAUUCACAGAUUCUGA